GCACUGUUGGUCAGCCGGGAAUGCUGUGAGUUUUCCAAAAGUGACAGCUAGCAACAAGUGAGACCGUUUUACCGGGAAAACAAGCAAUUUUCUUGUGUUUUCCCACGAUUUCCUUUAAUUUUGCUGCAACUAGGAAAAUGUGUGAGACAGAAUUGGGUAACAGGAGCAUCGAUAGCUACCUGGCAGACGAAUUGGCACCGUUCUCGAUGCGUGAACUUUCCGGAGGCGACAGAUCUCCAUCUCCAAUAAAUAUCACACCCAACGAUUCUUUGGACAGCCCCCUGAAUCUCCAGGAUCUCUCUUUGGACACAUCAGAGGCCAAACCCGAUUACCAGACAGACUGUGAUACGAGUUUUGUCUCAAUUGAGAACGUAGAUGCGUGCAUAUCUCCGCAACAAUGCGAACAGCGUCGAGAGAGCCUUGAGACAAUUUUUGAGGACAUUCUCCUGGACACACCGCCAAGAAAGCAAUCCCAUACAUCCCUCAUACGCAAAGUAGUGCACAGGAAGUUUGUAGAACACAGCCCGGAGGGAUUCUGCAGUCUAACUCCAGAUUCACCUACAGGAUCGCCUCUCAGGAAGAGACUAAAGGACAAGUAGGCUUCCUGAUCAACCAGGACUUUCUACUGAGCAACGAUAGGGAUCAUUGUCAAUGUGAUUUGAUAAAUAAUCAGGCACUGUGGCCAGAAAUAAUAAAUUUCCCUUUUUGUUUGAAAACAAAGAACAUAACCUCAAAAAUAUUGAAUUCCCCAACCCGGCUGGCAUCGUACUGCAUUAAAUAUUGAUACUCAUAUUAAAUUUUUAAGAGAAUGUAAUUUUAGUUUUGGAUAUAAAAAUCAAAAAUGCGUUGAAUUUAGAUUUGAGUGCCAUUAACGAAAUAAAGACUUUUACUAUUUCA